GAGUACUAAAGGGUAUAAUAGUACUCAACUGGAACUCCAAUGGUUCUCACCAUCCAAUGAGUGAGAUAACUUGUUUUUUUUUUUUUUUUUUUUAAUUUCUCCCUCAUCAAAGAUGAAAAUGAAAGGGGCUAUUGGAAAUUGGUUCAGUAUGAUUUUGCUGAUUCUGUGGUUCACCAAUUUGAGCAUCGUUUUUGGUCAUAAUCACAUCAACUUUGGAGAGCAGCCACUGGCCAAGAUAGCCAUCCACAAGACUGUUUUGGCUCUCCACAGUUCAGCUUCCAUUACAGCAAUCCCCUAUGUGCUCGGCAUUAAGGGUGAUGAUACAGAAUGGGUAACUGUUGAGCUAGAGUCCCCACACCCAUCUGUAGAUGACUGGGUCGGAGUUUUCUCUCCAGCAAACUUCAAUUCAUCAACAUGUCCAUACACUGGCGGCGUUGGCUGGGUAGAGGAACCAUACAUAUGCUCAGCCCCAAUAAAAUACAAGUAUGCCAACCACUCUAAUCCAAAUUAUGCAAAGACCGGGAAAACUACUUUGAAGUUCCAGUUGAUUAAUCAACGUGCAGAUUUCUCCUUUGCCCUAUUUUCAGGAGGAUUGUCAGAUCCUAGACUUGUGGCAGUUUCCAAUUCCAUAUCAUUUGCAAACCCUAAAGCACCUGUGUAUCCGCGCCUUGCUUUGGGAAAGUCUUGGGAUGAAAUGACAGUUACAUGGACAAGUGGGUAUGACAUAGAUGAAGCUGUGCCUUUUGUUGAAUGGGGUACUAAGGGAGGAAAGCAAACACGAUCUCCUGCUGGAACAUUGACAUUUAAUCGUAACAGCAUGUGUGGUGAACCUGCACGAACUGUUGGCUGGCGUGACCCUGGUUUUAUACACACAAGUUUCCUAAAAGAACUUUGGCCAAAUUUUAGGUACACUUACAGAUUGGGGCAUAUGUUGCUUUCUGAUGGUUCUUACGUAUGGAGUAAGACUUAUUCGUUUAAGGCAUCCCCUUAUCCUGGACAGAACUCUUUGCAACGUGUUGUCAUAUUUGGUGACAUGGGAAAGGCUGAACGUGAUGGUUCAAAUGAAUAUGCUGAUUAUCAACCUGGUUCACUCAACACCACUGACCAACUCAUCAAGGAUUUGGACAACUAUGACAUUGUUUUCCACAUAGGUGAUAUGCCUUAUGCAAAUGGAUACGUCUCACAGUGGGACCAGUUCACAGCUCAAGUGCAAAAAAUUUCGUCAACUGUACCAUACAUGAUUGCAAGUGGAAAUCAUGAACGUGAUUGGCCAAACACUGGAUCUUUUUAUGAUACUCCAGAUUCAGGUGGAGAAUGUGGAGUUCCAGCAGAAACCAUGUAUUAUUUUCCUGCUGCUGAGAAUAGAGCCAAAUUCUGGUAUAAAGCAGAUUAUGGCCUGUUUCGUUUCUGCAUAGCAGAUAGUGAGCAUGACUGGAGAGAAGGAUCAGAACAGUACAAAUUCAUUGAGCAUUGUCUUGCAACAGUAGAUAGAAAGCAUCAACCAUGGCUAAUCUUUUCAGCUCAUCGCCCCCUAGGGUACUCCUCUAAUCUUUGGUAUGGCAUGGAGGGCUCGUUUGAAGAGCCUAUGGGAAGAGAAAGUCUGCAGAAGCUUUGGCAAAAGUACAAAGUAGACAUUGCAUUUUAUGGUCACGUCCAUAACUAUGAAAGAAUAUGUCCCAUUUAUCAGAAUCAAUGUGUGAAUUCAGAAAAGCAUCAUUACUCAGGCACUGUGAAUGGAACAAUCCAUAUUGUUGUUGGUGGAGGGGGAAGUCACUUGUCAGACUUCACCUCAGCACCCCCCAUUUGGAGUCUAUACAGAGACCGUGAUUAUGGGUUCGGCAAACUCACUGCAUUCAAUCAUUCAUAUCUCUUGUUUGAGUACAAGAAAAGUAGUGAUGGAAAUGUCUAUGACUCCUUCACCAUUUCAAGAGACUACAGAGAUGUUUUGGCCUGUGUGCACGAUGGUUGUGAGAAAACUACUUUAGCAACCUGAGUUAUGUCUAUGUAGUAGACUUCUUGUGGACUUGAAAUGAAAUAAAAUAUCAUCCAGAUAAAUAAUGGUUAGUUUAUUAA